AUGUGCUAUAUCGCUUGGUCAGUCGAUACGACUCGGGAGGCAACAAAGGCGAAGCCAAUACUGAUGGCUCAGGAGUAUAUCAUCUACUCACGGUGGUCUUCAGCCGAAGCCAUGCUCGCGGCGAUUUUAGAAGAUUUCGUCGUCAAUCUCAAGGACCCGUUUGGUUUGGCCAAUCUUGUGCUUUUGUAUGUGGUAUCCUAUAUGGAGCACGAACUAGACAGUCAAUGGAGAGCGGAGAUUAAGAAUGAGAACCUCACAGGCCAUGGCGUGUUUGGUUACGUGUAUCAUGAGAAGAUCUCAAGUCUCGAUACACAGCACCUGACUUUUGCUGCAAGGGAAAUGGGUCUUUCCGUUGGAAUGGCCAGCUACUGUAACCGCUUGGCCGACCUCGCUGAACGGAUGGUGUCAGAUUUGGAGGAUGAAGUCGAGAAACUCCGCGCGACAACGUAUUAA